UCCUCCAUGGCACGCGCCUAUCUGCACCAACACUCGAACGCCUCGACCCACCCGCCCUCGCUGUAUAACUACUCAGAGGCCACGCCUACUGAGACGUCUAUCAGUACUGGGCUCGCCAGCCAUUUCUCUGGCGUACCUUUGCUGGAGGAGGUAAACGGUGUGCUCGAACGACGGCCGAAUCAGCUCAGACAACCCAUCUUCGAGUGUUCGUUCUGGUUUCUGAGCUGCUCGUACAUAUCCCACAACCAAGAGGAGUGGCGAGUACACUGCUUAAGCCAUUUCCGCGGUGAAGAGCCUCCUAAGUCAGUGCAAUGUCCGCUGUGUGAGGACUUCAAAUACACCAGCGACAAUGGGUGGACCUCUUGGAACUAUAGGAUGGACCAUGUUGCAUACCACCACUUGCUUGGUCACACCCUGCGGACCAGUCGCCCGGACUUCCACCUAUUUCAGCACUUGUGGCAGAAGCGCCUGAUUGACGAUCAGGAUUUGAAGGAGUUGAAAGGCGGGAACCACAAUCUCACUCGACCACCGUCCAACUUUACCGUAACGAAUGGGCGGCGUGGGCGAGAGGGGCAUGAGGGGCGGGGCCAGCGACACCAACAUAUCGGGCGGCGAGGCCAGUUCGGAGGGCCGUCCUGA